AAUUUACAACAUGACAUUAACAUAUAGUAGAAGUUUCAUUUAAUUUUUUUAUUUAUAUACUUUGUUUUAAGCUGUAAGAGAUAGUCAUGGAAUGGCCUCGAUAGGUAGUGCUUUUCUCACUCUCAAUCGUUUUCCCUCUUUGUGUUCUUUCACUCACACAAGAUUCAACCAUUUCACCGCUACCCUUUUCUUUCUCUCUUCUAAUACACCCAUUCAACGACGUCGUUUCAAUAGUUGCACAAAGGUAACAAUGGCUUCUCAUACAAUCACUACUUCCCCUUAUGGUUCUUGGAAAUCACCCAUCACCGCUGAUGUUGUUUCUGGUGCUUCCAAGAGGCUAGGUGGCACCGCCGUUGAUGGCCGUGGUCGUCUCAUUUGGUUAGAAUCACGUCCUACUGAAUCAGGACGAGCAGUUCUUGUUCUUGAGCCGGAAAAUCCGGGUGGUGAGGCUGUGGAUAUUACUCCAAAGGAGUUUGGAGUGAGAACAUUGGCUCAGGAAUAUGGUGGCGGUGCUUUUACUGUUUCUGGAGAUGUUGUCUUUUUUGCAAAUUACAAGGAUCAGAGAUUAUACAAACAAUCCAUCACUUCUCUUGCAGGUGUGGCUCCUAUACCUCUCACUCCAGAUUAUGGUGGACCGGUUGUAAGCUAUGCAGAUGGUGUAUUGGAUACACGCUUUAACCGUUUUAUUGCUGUAAGGGAAGAUCGUCGUGAGAGCAGUCAAAAUCCACCUACAACUAUUGUAUCUAUAGCACUUGGCAGCAAAGAUGUUAAAGAACCAGAAGUACUAGUUGGUGGGAGUGACUUCUAUGCUUUCCCACGUGUAGACCCUAAAAGCGAAAGAGUGGCAUGGAUACAAUGGAGUCACCCCAAUAUGCCGUGGGAUAAAUCAGAACUUUGGGUUGGCUAUAUUUCUGAAAAUGGAGAGAUCUACAAGCGUGUCUGUGUUGCUGGGUAUGAUCCUUCAGUUGUGGAGUCUCCAACUGAGCCCAAGUGGUCCUCCAGUGGGGAACUUUUUUUCAUUACGGAUAGAGAAAGUGGUUUUUGGAAUCUCCAUAAAUGGAUUGAAUCAGAAAAUAAGGUCGUGCCUGUUUAUUCUUUGGAUGCCGAGUUUGCAAGGCCGCUUUGGAUUUAUGGUAUGAAUUCUUAUGAAUUUAUGCAAAGUCAUAAACAGAGUAACUUAAUUGCUUGCACUUACAGGCAGAAGGGGAAGUCAUAUCUCGGUCUUAUUGAUGACAUGCAGGGCUCAAAACUAACCUUGCUUGACAUCCCUUUCACAGAUAUAGAGAACAUUACUUCUGGUACUGAUUACCUGUUUGUGGAAGGAGCAUCUGGAGUUCAUCCGUCAUCAGUGGCCAAGGUGACUUUAGAUGACGAUAAAUCAAAAGUAGUUGACUUCAACAUUAUUUGGUCCUCCUCACCGGAUAGUUUGAAAUAUAGUUCGUACAUCAGUAAGCCAGAGCUGAUUGAAUUCCCAACUGAGGUUCCUGGUCAAAAUGCUUAUGCGUACUUUUAUCCACCAUCUAAUCCUUCAUACCGAGCCAUUGACGGAGAAAAGCCUCCAUUAUUAUUGAAGAGCCAUGGAGGACCAACGGCUGAAACACGUGGAGUUUUAAAUUUGAGCAUUCAGUACUGGACAAGUCGGGGUUGGGCAUUCGCUGAUGUUAAUUACGGUGGAAGCACUGGUUAUGGCAGGGAGUACAGGGACCGGCUUUUAGGACGCUGGGGAAUAGUGGAUGUCGAUGACUGUUGUAGUUGUGCUAAAUAUUUGGUGGACAGCGGGAAAGUUGACGCAGAGCGGCUGUGUAUAACAGGAGGCUCUGCUGGUGGAUAUACCACCUUAGCUGCACUUGCUUUUAAAGAAACUUUUAAGGCUGGAGCUUCUUUGUAUGGUGUCGCCGAUUUGAAGUUAUUGAUAGAAGAAACUCAUAAAUUUGAAUCUCACUACAUUAGUAAUCUAGUUGGAGGUGAGAAGGAGUGGUUUGAAAGAUCUCCAAUCAAUCACGUCGAUAAAUUUUCUUGUCCCAUUAUUUUAUUUCAAGGAUUGGAAGACAAGGUUGUGCCGCCGGCUCAAGCUCGCAAAAUUUAUCAGGCUUUGAAAGAAAAAGGUGUGCCAGUAGCUCUUGUUGAGUAUGAAGGAGAACAACAUGGUUUCCGAAAGGCUGAGAACAUUAAGUUUACACUUGAACAACAAAUGGUUUUCUUUGCGCGAUUGAUUGGGCGCUUCAAUGUUGCUGAUGAGAUCACUCCUGUCAAAAUUAACAACUUCGAUUGAGAACGGCUUUUCUAGAGGUAUUAAUGUUGGUUUUCUUUAUACCUAUGUUAAAACAAUUUGUAAGCAAUCUUAGUUCAAAUCCUGAUACUGUAAAUUCAGGAAGUUCUACUUGAAACAAUUGCACCAAUAAUGGUCUCUCCUGCCGCAGCACCAGCUACUGUCAUAGCUGUUAGUAGCCAUUAUGCCAAGAGUGUGCUGAGUUUCUACUACAUUUUCUCCAAUCUUGAUUGUUGUUUAAUUUAGCCUUGAGUCUGGUUUAUGAUUAUGAUCUCAUAUUUUGAACCUGUACUGGUAAUUUGGCAUAUGUUUGUUUUCUAGAAUAUUAGUCCUUCAUAGACAAAGUAGGUAAUGAGAAACCAUAAUGCUGUGAAGUAUUAAGUUGCAAUUAGUAUUAUGGAUUUAGUCUAUACACACCGGCAAUAUAAAGAUUUUUUACAAGGUCAA